AUGGACCUCACAGUAACUCACAACAUUACUCACAAAGAGACCUACAAAGAGCCCAGAGACGAUGAUGAUGACAAGCAGGUGGUCGCAGAGAUCAUGGCAAGAAGUUUUAUCCCAACUCUGAUAACGACUAUUCCUUGGGAAGGCUUUCACUUUGCUGGACAUGAGAUUCAGAUUACUGAAGGCAAAGAUUGUUAUGGUGCAUUUGUCUGGCCAUCGGCCCUUGUUCUAUGCUAUUUUCUGGAAACACAUGCCAAGCAAUAUAACAUGGUUGAUAAAAAUGUGAUUGAAAUUGGAGCUGGAACAGGGCUUGUCUCCAUUGUGGCAAGCUUACUUGGUGCUCGUGUGAUUGCUACAGACUUACCUGAAUUACUUGGAAACCUGCAAUAUAAUAUUUCCAGAAACACCAAAAUGAAAUGCAAGCAUCUGCCUCGGGUCAAAGAACUAUCUUGGGGAGUAGCAUUAGACAGGAAUUUCCCCAGGUCUUCCAAUAACUUUGACUACAUCCUGGCAGCAGAUGUUGUCUAUGCCCAUCCGUUCCUGGAGGAGCUUCUCAUGACCUUUGACCAUCUCUGCAAAGACACUACCAUUAUACUCUGGGCUAUGAGAUUCAGGCUGGAGAAAGAAAAUAAAUUUGUAGAUAAAUUUAAGGAACUGUUUGACCUGGAAGAGAUUUCUAGUUUCCCUAGCCUGAAUAUUAAGUUGUACAAAGCUAUGAAGAAAAAUCGGAGGAGUGCCUAG